AUUCCUCCACCCAUGGACCGCCAUCGGGGCGUUGAGCAUAUGGAUUCAAAAGUAUCACAAUGGCUUGAAGGUUCAAGUGAAGAUGAGGCUAUUGAUAUGCUCACAGCCGGCGCCAGCGGGAGUCGAGCCUUAGAUGAGCGAACUAGCGCAUCAACGUCCCCCCACAUCGGCGAUAGUAUGUCUACAUCGCAUUUCCUGACGGGAAAUCAGUCCGCGCAGAGUGUCCACAGAGUUCGGCCUACUGAUCCCAGUUUAGUUCGUCCAGAUAACGCCUCCAUAGUACCACCUGAACCGUUACCCUCUCCUAGUUUGUCGACCCUUCGACAAGCACUACAAGAUACUUCGUUAGCUUUCCGUUCCGCACCAACAUAUACAGCUAACAAUAUAAUGGGAGAACCCGAUGCCCAUCAUCCAGAUAUUGAUGAAGAAGACGACGAAGACGGGGCUUCAUCUACUGGAGAACGAAUUACGUUGGCGCAGGCUUUAAUGGAGAGUAGGCUUCCUCACCUACCCCCUCCAGUCACGCAGCACCUGCCACAAUCGUCCCUAGCCCAAGUGCCACGCUCGGGACUGGCCGCAGUUGGUAGGGUUUCGUCAGACCUUCGUCUUUCAGAUGCGCCUUCGCCGCACGGUCGUGUGGGUCAAAUAGAGGUAAGACGCCGCCGAUGGUCUGUGCUGGAAGGGCUCUUCUCCAAUGCGAGCGGAAUGUUGUUAUCUCCCCCAUUUUCUUAUGAAGGCAGCAAUACAACAUUUCCUCCAGAAGUAUCUUUUUCGUCUCGAGGUUCUUUGUAUACAUCGCUUCAUGUCCGGCCUGAAGCCACUCAAAAUCACACCGCUACUUCAAACGAUGUUACGCCUGUCGUUUCAUCGCAGCUAACGUCUCAGAUGCCGUUGCGCUUUCUGCAGCGUAAUCUCAACAACACGCACCAUAAUCGACGAGCUGAUGUGCCGCUCCCCAUGCCUCUUGUGGCAGAUGUAGGCAAAGAAAAAGGCAAUAUACAUCUCUCAACGGCUUCUCACGUGCCCCCGCCGAGGUUAGAGUAUGUGAAGCUCCCGGGAACCAAGGGGUCCCUUAUCGUCAAAGCUGUGGAGACUCCGAAGAAGAGUUUUCUAGCUAUUCUGUGCGGGGAGAAUGGUGAGAAGGUUGAGUUGUUUGCUGGUACCUAUCGUUCUGCCUUGGGUCUUUCGAGGACGUUCAUUUUGCCUGACUCCCCACGAUCAUUGGAAUUACAGCUACAAGGCGAUGAUCUAGUAGAGGUCUUUCUGGUGUUCUCCCAGAAUGUUUUUGGCUUAGAACCUGCCACAGUAAGAGUACGAGAAGUUCGAAUUGGACGAGCAGAACGAAGGGCAGCUCGACGCAGAGUCAGAGAGAUACGGUCGGGUCAAACUGAUAUAUUUGAGGGCGAUCUUUUGGCUCCAGAUGAUGAAGAUGCAAAUAUCAGUAUCAAUAUUGGAGUAUCUUUGGCUGGAAAUGAAAGCCGGAUUACAAGGACUACUUCAAAUUCUCAGUUGCAAGAUAUCCCUCGGACAUCCACCGAAAUGAACCAUGAUACGGCUUUGGCUCAUGCAGAAGAGCUUGUAGCCAUGACUACGACACACAUGGGACCUUAUACCACAUUUCAGCAGCUUUCUUUUGCUCCCAAGUUCCCUCUGGCAACAAUCGCCAAUGAUUAUAUCAUUCCACCCACUUAUCCCCAGUUUCUGGAAUACCGUUCUGAAUAUGAACCUGGAAAUAGUGACGCCGAUCUAUCCCAAACUCAAUUUUCACCUCCGGGACUGCCGAAGCCCGUCCCAACACCCCCGUCGAAGUGGCUCUACCGCGACCCAAAAGGAGCUACUCAUGGACCCUGGAAGGCCAGUCUCAUGCAAGCUUGGUAUAAUGAUGGCUUACUUCCCCCAGAUUUACCUGUACGCAAAGAACAAGAUACGCAGUUCAUAUUGUUAAAGGAUCUAAGGCAGCAAAGUAUUGAUCCGAGUCAUCCUUUUCGUUUGGUGGCACAUAGCGGGUCAGAACCCCAAUCAUCAUCUCUGGAUGUAUCGAAACCACUACUUUCACCAGUUUCUUUACUCGCUCAACCCCGACAUUUCGGCCCACCAGCUCUUUUUUAUUCUUCGCGUGGUGGGCAUAGCACGACGAUUGUUGACGCCCGUGGUCGCUCGGUGCUCCAAGGCCGAUUUCUAUGGAGCGAGGACAGCGGCCAAAAAGCAUCGGAGUCAUCCAUGGGCGACAUCAAACACCUAGAGGCAUUUGACGUCGAAGAUCGUUCUGUGAUCGUAGCAAUGCGCCAAGGUGGGCUGGAGGCCAUGGAUUUCGGCGAUGCGUUGUUAAAGCCAGCUGAUCAGUCGCGAACCGUUCUCCCCCACUUCACCCCUUCACCUUCCAACAUAAAUAGGCGGGAACCAUUCGUUUGGAAGAUAGGCACGCCCAUAGCCUCGUCUUUCCCACCUGCUGCGGUGGUGCCAUCCAAAGCGACAAGUUCGUACCCUGGCCGCAAACGAGCAGUAAAGACCGCUAGAGGGACAGGUGCUAGCAUCAACGGAGUUCACGAAGCCGUCGGCCAAAACGAAGUCCUUUUUCUGGGGCGAGAGGGAGAUAUCAUCUAUUUAUGUGAGAGGACUGCGAAUACCUUUAAGAUCUUACGACUUUGUCCUGGUCACAGCGUAGCCAGUUGAAAUUCUUAGACUCUACUUGGUUCUUUUGGCUAGAACAUUCAUUGGUAUUGGUGGUGUCGAGUAGUGUCCGAAAGCACAGUCGCAGUAGUGGUUGAUCCGAUUCUCUGGGCUUAACGUUUUAUGGCUGGCUAUUCGUUGCAAUGUUUCUGGCUGUGACAUGCACUGUGACACUGAGCUGAUGAAAACUGGCACUACCCACAAUCUAGAUCAUUGCACACCUUUUCUCGGUUGAUAAUAAUUAGCAGCUGGUUUUAGUUAGUUCAACAAUAGAUGAUUUUAUCGAGUGAUUAUGUUUUAUUCCCGAACUCCACCCAUGGCUCUGCAUCUACCAUCGCUCAUGCUGUAAACACCAUAAUAUUACAUACAGUAUUACCACGUUGGAAAUCUAGUUGAAAUCGCGUAGUAAAGUGUGGUCUAUUCAGAUCUUCAUCACCUCAUUUUCAACACCUUCAUACUCAAUCAGCUUGAGCUCAUCAUUUCUAGUUUUAAGUAGCAAAUUUCUAUUUGGAACAUGUACCAAAACACA